AAGGCAUCAGGAAAACAAAUGACGGUUAAACUCUACAAUCGAUUUUCUAUUAAUCCUGUAAAAAAAAUAUUAUUAUUAUUAUUAUUGUCAUUAAUAUUAUUGUCAUCAUUGUUGUUUUUUAUCAUUAUUAUGAAUGAAAUGUAACCUGAAGUAGGGAAGCCCGAAGAAAUCAUCCCAAUAAAGCAAAUAAAUCACACACAUACAUAAACACACACACACACACACACACACACACACACACACACACACACACAGUUGGACAUAAAAUAAGCAUAAAUGAGGGCUUUGGUGUGGCAAAUGUGAAUCCCCAUCUUCCUUCAUAUAAUCUUUUUAAAAUUGCCAAAGUAACGCCCAGCUUUUAUUACAGUGAGUGUUUGACAGACAGUCACAUCCUGAAUUCAGGAUUUUAUCAAAGUGAACUUGAGCGCCUCUGACUAUGAAGAUCUCUGUUUAGGAGGAGUUUAUGACUCCUGUGGCUCUCCCAGGACCUUUACCAAAACGAUUUGCACAUCGGGAGUGUUGGCUGAGCAGUAACAAUCACUGGGACCUGUCGAGACUUCUGCCGUGCAAAGUUCGCUCUCCUGGCCAAGUGAACACUUUCUGGGAAAUGAGCCAAACUAGCCGACAGUUAUCUUGUAGCAGAAUUUGUCCAGGGGGGGAGAAAAUAAAAACAGGCGGCUUUGGGAGCGCUCCCAGUAUGUCCCUAAAAACUGAAGAAAGUCGAGUUUAUUUCAUCAAAAACUCAACAGGACCUGGUGUUGGCAGACUGAAAGACUCCGACAAUGCAGACGCAAACAUUUACGGAUCCGGACACAUAAUUCCGCAAGUCUGUGCCAUGGAAAAACACUGCUGUGCUGUUCCCCAGGAGUUGGUAAACGCUGGGUGCCGUUUGGGCGAUAGCCCGUCUUUUUCUGCUUGCGCCACAAUCUCAGAAACAGCCAGGGAGCUCUGUAAAGCUGUGUCCGUGUCGUUGGGUCUGGCCAUGGAGUCGAACGACACGAGCGACAUGGACGCUGCUCUCCCCCCGUGUGCUGCAAGUGACCACAGAGAUAAUGUAUUCGGAGUUGGAGCCAUGCCUAUCAACUAUGCUGGAGCCCAGGCUGCCGCCACCGAGUACAGGUGCCCCGACAGAGAUGACCGGCCCCUGCCCGGGCAGGAGCAACUGGUGAAAGUGUUCAAAAGUUCUGACACCGCUGCGCCUUUGCACCACUUCACGUCCACUCGGACAUCUGUGGAUGAGCAAAACUUCACACUGUGCGAGGCUGAUGACAUAACUUCAGCGCGUACUGCCUCUUGCCCUUACGUGCGGUCCGCGCCAGUCAGCUUGGCACACUUCGGCCAGACGGCGACACGGCCGUGUCGAGUCUUCAAACCCCCCGAUGAAGAGGCUAGAGACUCUGUGGAAGCCAUGGAGAACAAGUUCCUUGGCUAUCAGCCAGAGCAAUACAACGUCAAAGUCAAAUCUGAGGACGGUGAACCUGCCGGGGCGUUGUGGACCAGUGAUUACACCUUUAAUGAGAAGUACAACUCUCCGUUUUGGGGUUCGAGGCACUGCAUGAACGCGCACAGCACAGGAGCCAACACUGCGUUCAUAUGUAAUCCAUAUGAGAGGAGCGUCAUGCGCUCUGAGCAGUGGUACCCAGGCAGGAUGCUGAGGCCGCCUUAUGCCAACUCCAGCUACAUGAAGACUGAAGUCGGAGAAUGGCUGGAUGUCACCUAUAACGACACUAGGCUUGAGGCUGGCAGAGAGCACCUGUUCCCCAUGGAGUUCUUCUUCCCACCACAGAGGAUGUGCCUGAUCUGUUCAGAUGAGGCAUCCGGCUGCCAUUAUGGUGCACUCACCUGUGGCAGCUGCAAGGUUUUCUUCAAAAGAGCUGCGGAAGGCAAACAGAAAUACCUGUGUGCAAGCAAAAAUGACUGUACUAUUGAUAAGCUAAGAAGAAAGAAUUGUCCGUCUUGUCGGCUGAAAAAGUGCUUUGAAGCUGGAAUGACUCUCGGAGCACGUAAACUAAAGAAGAUUGGUCAACAGAAAAACCCUGAAGAGGAUCAUCCUGUGCAGGACGCUGCAGAGGUCAUCCAGAGUAUCUCUCCUAAAUCAGGCCUGAACUUGAACUCCCAGCUGGUCUUUCUCGACAUCCUGGAGGCCAUUGAGCCAGAGGUGGUGAAUGCAGGACAUGACUAUGGCCAACCAGACUCAGCGGCCACCCUGCUCACCAGCCUCAAUGAGCUAGGAGAAAGACAAUUGGUCAAAGUGGUCAAAUGGGCGAAAGGAUUGCCAGGUUUUAGAAAUCUUCAUGUGGACGACCAAAUGACUGUCAUUCAACAUUCAUGGAUGGGGGUGAUGGUGUUUGCCCUGGGAUGGAGGUCAUAUAAGAACGUCAAUGGCAGGAUGCUUUACUUCGCCCCGGAUCUUGUGUUCAAUGAACAUCGGAUGCACAUUUCCACCAUGUAUGAGCACUGCAUACGGAUGAGACAUCUUUCACAGGAGUUUGUGCUGCUGCAGAUAACUCAGGAAGAGUUUCUCUGCAUGAAGGCUUUGCUCCUCUUUAGCAUUAUUCCAGUUGAGGGUCUGAAGAGUCAGAAGUACUUUGAUGAGUUGCGUCUCACCUACAUCAACGAACUUGAUCGACUCAUUAACUAUCGAAUGACGACCAAUUGUUCUCAGAGGUUCAACCAACUCACCCGACUCCUGGACUCGCUCCAGAUGAUGGUGAAGAAGCUCCAUCAGUUUACAUUUGACCUUUUUGUUCAGGCUCAAUCGCUCCCCACCAAGGUCAGCUUUCCAGAGAUGAUUGGGGAAAUAAUCUCAGUACAUGUACCAAAGAUCCUGGCAGGUUUGGCAAAACCUAUCUUGUUUCACAAGUAGAAGGGGUUUUUUAUAUCAAAAACUGACUCAGCUUUGCUGCCUCCAUAAACUGUAACAAAGGCUUUGCACUGUUUCCGUACAUGUUCAAUCAAAUAGCUCAUAGCCCUGUCAUGUAUUCAUUAUUUAAUUUCAAGUUUUUUUUCCUUUUAGCCAUAAUUGAGAUUUUUGCUCAGAACUGUUAAAGCUUUUAUCUGAAGAGCUGCGAGUGUUUUCAGAUUGAGCGGAGAUGCUACUUUGCAGUCUGUAAAUAAAGAUUGCAGACAUCUGAAAGUAGCAGGGUUAAAAACAUCAAGUUUUGCAUGUGACCUUCAUUAUACAUACACUUGAUGAGGUACACAUACAUACAAAAACAAGAGAACAUGUGAUGGCCCAAAGAGUAAAUGAGAAUUGGAUCACAGAAAUAAACAGACACUUCCUGAAAUCUGUUUUUAAAAUGACUGCCUUCAAGAGCAAGCUCCUGCUUGUGAAAACUAGAGUGGUAAAUACAACUUGGAAGGCAUUUAAGUGCUUAAAUAAGAUGUGUAGGUUUUAGAUUUGUUUUCUUUUGUUUUUUUAUUAAACUUUGUAACAGAUACAAAAAAAAAUCCUGACAUACUGGUGUGACAUUAAAUGUGGGAUAAAACUAUGGAGAAAAGACCAUGGUCAUUACUAUGGCAAACAGUGUAGAUAUGAUAGUCAGCUAAGGCUAAUGUAAAACAUAAAGUUGAUGUUGUCUUGAUACUUUGUGAAGAGUAAACAUAAAACAUUAGAUUUGCUAAGAAAAAGGGAUAUUCUUGCAGUUAAUGUGUAGUUAAGAAUAAAGCUUUGUGGACAUGUGAGGUCUCAGUUAUAAACAAAGAUUACAAAUUGAAUAGAGUACUAGUUUUUGAUAUGAAAAUCCAACUUAUAUAUACAAUAAUUAAUCACACCAUGCUUCUUAACAGCUGGAGUUGUAGAAAAUUAUUUAGCGUUUCUGCAGUCACAGUUAGCAGAAAUGUAUUUGUUUUUCCAUAUUCAACUAUUUGGCAAUAAAAAAUCUGUAUACACUAGACUUUGUUCAUUCAGUAUUCUCCUAAAAUCCAAAUUAUUGAUGAUUCAAACCCUCGAUGUUAAAACCAUGUCUUUUUGAAAGACAGUGGACAAGAUGACAGCUCAGGUCAGGUGUUGUGUUUGGUAGUAGCCACACAACCAAAACCUCACAUUGUGUAUCUUAAGCAUAAAGAGUUUUUCACUAUUUGCUCUUGUCUACUUUUGAAAUCACAAAUGAUGAGUAGUACAAUUCUUCACUGCAUAGUGUAAAAAUUCAGCCAAGUCACGGUCAUAAAAGAAACAGACUGAGUUACUGUUAAACAUACACACAUUGCUUUGAAGUCCUUCAUCACUCACACGUGUUGUCUUCACACAGGGCAUUGCUUUUGCUUGACUGAGCCAAUGCAGCACAAUGCAAAUAUCUCCAGAAGACACUUUGUGCUUAUUGUCACUCUGCACUUCAAAUAUUGUCCCGUCAAGUUGCCAGCAAAUGUGUUCGAGCUGUUUUCUCGAUGUUACUAAUUUUAAAGCAUUAACUCAUAAAUAUGUAGUUGGGAAACUUGUUAACGCAGGUAGUUGGCAUAAGUGAAGUUGGAAAAAUUAUGUUGUUUUGAUACUGUAUUCCUCCACAGCACAGCUUCAGAAUUAAUUUAUCUAUGAUAAUUAAAUAGUAAGAUGACUUUACAAUCCAAGCCAAAGGCAACAUGAAUUAGUUAUUGACAAUAAACUAUAUUCUUGUAUCCUUGUAUCUGUUUAGAUACAGUGGCUGUAGAGAGUAUUGAACCUCCCAUCAAAUUAUUUAUUUACCAUAAAGCAUGUAAAUGUGAAGCAAAGACACAUGGCAAAUUACAAGCCUUUAUUUUAUUUUUACCAAGAGAUUUAUUGAGAAAAGUAAAAUAAAGUCACCAGCUAUAACACAAUGCACUUAGUCUACAGCUCUAAACUGCUCUGCCGCCCUCCAACCUUGCCAGACAUCAUGGUGUUGACAGCAGCAGGGACUGGGAGACUUAUACCCACACUAGGGAGAAAGGAUGGCACCAAAUACAGACAAAUAUUGAAUGAAAGCUUGAUUAAAAGAUUAGGGCAGUAAUGUGCCAACAGGACAAGAAAUAAUAAACUCAAUAAUCUCACAGCCAAUUUAAACCUGGGAUUCCAGGAAGGCCCUGCCAAACCUCAGAGAUAAAACCAAGAAAGAAAAUCAGUGGAAUGCUUUGACAUUAUUGACAAAUUGAUUGCUUGAGCGAAACUGAUGAAAAUUAUUACUUUACAGUAAUUUAUUGAGUUGAAUACAAUUAUCAGUUUUUGCAUAAACCAUACACAGACAUACAACUACACUUGACAGAGAGUAAUUUAGACUGAAAUUGUUUCUUUCAGUAAAAGAACUAGAAUUGUAGGAGAUUAUAACUUUUCUCAAACCAGCUGUUCUGUCUUUAUUACAAUCCAAAACAACUAACUUCUGUGGCUUAUUCUACAUUGUUCAAACAUUUUCAACAAUGUUUUCUAACUCUGUAAAUUCAAUACUACAAGCAAUUUCUUUUACAAGCUUGUAGAUGCAUGCAUCAUGUAUUUGUAUAACUGUGUGUGUAACUUUUAGCUUUACAGAAAGCAAAGCAUGGACAUCCAUGUUUCCCUCCAAUUACCUGUUUGUUAUAUACUGAUAGUGUCAUCAUUGUUCAAUGCACGGUACAUCUAUCAGAGGGCAUGAUAACUAUAUAUUGUACAGUGAUAAGUUGACUGAUAGUUUCACAGUUUUUUGUAACAGAUUCAUUCAUAAAGUUAAGCGUGUAGAGUACUUUACUUCAUCUGAACAAGUUGAUGUCUUCAUGUCCUCCUUUUGUCUUUUCCUACAAAAUCUGCUGUGUGAAAAAGAAUGGGGGAGAAAAGGGAAUCCAUGAGCUAUGGAUACAUACACUUUGGUCCAUGAGACUUGACUCCACUACCACAACCAAUUAUAGCCCUGAGACUUGAAUAAAUGUGUCGUCUGUCAUUUGAGAAGCAGCAGUUCAGUAUAAAAUUGAAACUACACAGAAGUCUGAUAAAAACACUACUGGAACCCAGAUUCUUCAUGUGAAAAAAACUAUAUUUUAAGUUUUGGGUGAGUUUUGAUUAAAUUCUAAAAUUCAGAUAUCUAUCAAGACUUCUUACGUUUCCUGAAUGCACUAUAUUUUAAGACUGUCACAGUUAACAUUUCCUACUCUUAAGCCCUGAAAUUAAUGUUGGUUUGAAAUGAUGUUGUAAUUAGUUUUUUUAAAUGCUGUUUAGCUUUAUCAUAUAUUACACGGGGAAAUUUGAAGGCGUUAUCAGUGCCACUGGACACACAUCUCAAUGAGCCAUAUACUGUCGAUGCCCCUGUAAAUUCUUGAUACUAAAGCGAUUUAAUCACAGUAGAUUACAGUUUUUGUAUGAUUUCAAUGGACAAUGGCCGGUAUGUGCCCAGUGUACUGCAGAUUAACGUGGUUUUUUGUACAUGAAACAGUAACUGUAUUGAUUUGUUUAAUGUCUGUUGUAGUGUCCGGAUACUUGUCUUUUAAAGGCAUCUCUUGUAUGAUUUAUACCUUUUGUGACCUGCUGUGUGUUUUUCAAAGGUGUAAAGCUGCAUCAUCUUUUGAAAACAAUUAAAAUAAUUCUGACUCUGAA